AAGUGACAAGGGUGAGCUGAUCUUAGCAAAAGCUUUACCUCUGGACCAGGACCAACACAGGAUCAAUGUCACGUAUACAACAAUGUGAAUGAGGCACUGUCUACAUCAGUCACCAUACUUCUCAAUGUCAACAGAGAAUACCCGCCUAGCUGCGAUAUGACUGAGGCACAGACAGAGUUCAAGGACACUGAUUCCACCGGCACGUGCAGCAGUAACACCGUGACAUGCACCAGCCCUGUUCCAGGAGGCCUCGUGAUGCAGGUGUCCGGCAACAUGACGGACAGCAUACAGGUCCAGAUGAAGAACACGACAACCGGCAUCAAUAUCCAAGUGUGCGUCCAGGCAGCUCUUAGAGACAGCAUUGGCUUCUUUCAGGUGAACAUCUCUGUGGAAAACCAGGUUCAACGGUAUGAAUUUUUAUCCUGGUCUGUAACAGUCAUCGAUGAAAACGAACCUCCAAAAUUCCAGCAGACAACGUACGACGUCACAAUCAACGAAACACUGACAACUGGGUCAACCAUUGUUUCACUGGACAUCGGCAAAGGACUUACAUUUAACGACUUUGAUGGAAAAGUGAUAGAAGUAAAAGAUCCCGAUAAAUACACUGAUGGAUAUCAAAUAAAAGCCGUCGAUGCAGCUCCGUAUGCAUUUUCAAAAUCUGACAACUCCUUCGUUCAGCUUACAGACUUUCCAGUUGGUUUCAGUCAAAGCAUGUUCUCAGUAACAGGCAUCCUUGAUGAAUCCUUGAUUUAUACAUUCAACAUAACGGUAGAAGAUGGAGGGGGUUUGCUGGCGGUUGCCGUGCUGAAGAUAAAUGUGAAGGACGUGAAUGAGGCACCAACAUGCACCGAGUCGUCUGUAACAGUGAACAAGACUCUGUUAGCAGAUGAAGACCGCAGUGUCACCAGACUCAUGUGUACCGACCCAGACUACGAGGACGCCUAUAAAAUAACUAAAUACAAGCUUGAUGGUCAAGACAAAGACUACUUCAACAUCUCAUCAAAAGGUGUGGUAGUGAUAGCCGGUGCUUUACCCCGAGACAAGGAUGUGCUGAAUUUCAAUGCUGUGGCUGUGGAUGGAGCGGAUCCCACUCUGAAGUACGAAGUCAGCAUCGUAAUUAGAGUGAAGCGAGACAUUGCCGCCACGUGCCUCGUCCAACGCAACCCGCCCGACACAUGGGUGUUCAACAGCUGCUACAACAUCACUCUCGGGUGUACGGACCCCACCACCAGCGACAGCAGCACUCUCGCUUAUCAGUUCUCUGGCAACUACACGAUGGGAUUUGUGUUGACGGAGAACAACGGGGACUUGGUUAUGUGCUACACCAGAACUGAAAGUGGCACUUACACGAUCAACAUUGUGGUAGACAAUGGGCUGAAGGCAACCAGUCUGAAUGAAGUGAUUGAAGUACAGUAUGAACGAUCGACACCAAAGUUUGAAAAUCUUUCCGUCAAAGAGACUGUUCUCUAUGAUGUCAGUGUGGGCAGUGUGCUGUUCACGGUCACUGCUGUGACAACCGGCACAUUUGCUGGGAAUAUCAUCUACUUACUACUGGGUGAAUCAACACCUGACACAGCACUUAAUAUUUUUAAUGUUGGUCGUGAGACUGGACAGAUUCGAACAUCAAGUCCACUAAGAGACCAUAUUGGACAGAAAUUCAUCUUGAAGAUUGAGGCACUGGAUGAAAGGUCAAAGUUGAAAACCACUGCAAGUGUCGAGGUCACAAUUGAUGAGACAAAUCUGCAGCCCAAAUGCCCCAAGAAUAGUGAGAAAGAUUCGAUCAAUAUUAACAUGAUUGCGGCAGUCGGGACAGUCAUAGCAACAGUAAACUGCACUGAUUCAAACAUCCUGUCAAAAUACAACACGCUCACAUACCGAGCUACAGGUCCAACAAAUAAAUAUUUUGCUGUGGAUUCUGAAACUGGUGAAGUCAGCAUUGCUGACCAGCUGCCAUUUAAGGAUACACAUGUUCUCUAUAUUGAGGCUUCGGAUAGCGUGUUUUCGGAUCGAACAACUCUGGUUAUUAAUGUCGACAUUAAACUCAAACCUACCAUUGAGGUGGUGAAAGUGACAACAUCAUCAAUAAAAAUAAGAUGGACAUUCGAGCGUCCCGACUACACUCAGUACUUAGUUAAGUACACCAUCCAGUGGGAAGCAGAAGGUAGUAUCAGCCAGAAUAAUGUCGACAGAGGGAUCUCAGAAUAUUUGCUUAACUCACUGAAACCUGGGACGGUUUAUUUUAUCAUACUUAUGUCAGUGGCACAAGGCUUUAAUGUAAGCCAGGCAGUCACAGUGAAAACAAAAGAGAUACCGGUGCUGUCACUGUUUGCAGUAGAAUUUAGAGUCACAGACCAACAAUGGAGUGAUGCAUUUCUGCAAAAUGCAUCAGCGGAGUAUACAGAAUUCAAAACCAAGACUGAAUUAAACAUAAAGAAAGCAUUAAAGGAUGUGAAGGGGAUCCAUGAUGUGAAAGUUAUAAAUAUGAGAGAGGGCAGUGUGUUUGUGGAUUCAGUCAUUUCUGUGAAUCAGUCUGGCAAUGUGAACACCACAAUAAAGGCAAUGGAGAUGGCUAUAGCUAGAGGACAGGUCGGUGACGCAUCCGUGGAUCCACAGUUCUCUUCACUUUACCUUGGAGGUCAAUAUGUGGUGAUUACCUCGCUCGAAGUGGCACAGAUAAAUCCCAAAGAAAUAACGGAGGGUUUGACCUUGUCGGUCAGCUGCAAAGCCCGUCUGGUUGGCCAGGGGUUAUGGCCCUUGUUUAACUGGAAGUUAAAAGGUUUUUCUAUUAAUGCUGACCUGUCCACCAGACUGAAUGUAACACAGUCGCAACAAGCAAAGGAUCGAUUUGGUUUUACUUCCGUGAUCACAUUCAGACCAAUAAAAUCAACUGAUAAAGGUUCCCUGGAAUGCAUUGUGACAGACACUACUGAGGAGGUGAAAGCAGCAAGCAAGUCACUACUGCUGGACGUUAUCUCUAAACCAGAAGUAACACUCUUGCCAAUGACGCUGUAUAUCAAGGCAGGAGAGGUCAGCACACUCAACUGUUCUGUGGAAACCCAAACUGGUUACCCUGUUACCAUAACGUGGUCCAUCAAUAACAAUACAGUUACCAAUAUUGGAGCAUUCAGGAAAGACAACUACGAAGUUUUGAAUGUUACCAACAUUAAUGCAGAUGCCAGGUACAGAUGUCAUGCCAAAAAUAUUGCAGGAGUUGUUGACAGCAAUAUUGCUAUUGUUGGACCAAUCACAGAGGAAGUGUUUUGUGCUGCCUUCACUGAUGAUCGUGGAAUAUCGUGGCCAAUAAUGCCAGCAGGGAAGACAGCAGAGUCGCAGUGUGUUGGUAGUUACAAAGGAAAUGCCUUACGAUUGUGUCUUAGUAAUGGAAAGUGGCAAAACACAACAGAUUUAACAAACUGCAAACUAGAAUUGCUGAUACAAUUAGCAGACAAAGCAACUGCAAAGAAAGAGGGCAUUGAUAUUGGCAGUACAGAAACCAUUGCUAACACCCUUGCGAACCUCACAUCUAAGACACUGGUAUCUGGGGAUCUGGAUAUUUCUAUUCAAAUCAUGGAAGAUGUCUUGUAUGUGAAUAAAAAGGACCCCGACAAAAUCAUUAAGACUGAUGAAAUAAAGGACUUUGUGAUGGCAGCUGAUAAUAUGUUGAGUACAUCGAGUAUGGAAUGGAUAGAUCUUCAACGGAAGCGAAAGCGGGGAGCUUCAGCACUAAUGAAAUCACUGGACACCAUUGGUCAUCUGGCAAGUCAACGAGCAGGGGAUGUUAAUAACAGUCGGGAACGACUAUAUGUACAUAAAAACUUAGUAUUUGAAUAUGGAAAGUCUAAUGCCACUGAUAUUCAAUUUCCCCGACCAGACUUCUCCAUGUAUCCACCCUGGAUGAAGUUAACACAGACAAAGGCUUUUCUCAAGUCCAGUUCAUACAUAAACGCACUUAACGGAAAGCAAUUUAUGGGCUACAGUGGUGUAUGUUAUAAACAUAUGUCAAAACUAAUGCCAGGUGCUAAGCUACACACACGGAAUAGAGGAUCUAACUCUGAUACUGUUAGUAAAAUGAUGAAUUCUCUGAUCCUGUCGUUUUCCCUGAAUCCACGACCCACAAAUACUCUUGAUCCACCACUGGAGCUUACAUUUGAACACCUUUCUGAUAACUUUUCAAAUCCUUCCUGUGGUUUUCUGGAUUAUUCUCCACCGUAUGAAACAUCUGGUCGGUGGUCCUCUGAUGGAUGUGUUGUAGUCACUAAAUCCAUUAACCUGACAGUCUGCGAAUGUGAUCACUUCACCAACUUUGCAAUUCUGAUGAGUCCAGGCAGAACUCCUGAAAAGGAUGCAUGGAUUCUGAGUAUUAUUAGUGCUAUUGGAUGUGCUAUCUCCAUAUUCUGUCUUGUUCUCACCAUUGGAACAUACAUUGUGCUUUGGAGAUACGUGAAGACAGAAAGACCUGACAGAGUAAUAAUUCUACUGAACCUGUGCGUGGUGCUCAUCAUAGCAUAUCUGCUGUUCCUGCUGGGUGUCAACAGGACAGAAAAUGCUGAUGUUUGCACAGCCAUAUCGGUUCUUCUGCACUACUUUUACCUGGUUGUGUUCUUCCUGAUGCUGGCCGAGGGUAUUGAGUUAUUUGUGUGUGUUAUCUAUGUCUUCAAUAUGAGGUCGCGACUUCACUGGUUAAUGCUCAUGUCUUGGGGUAUACCAGCUGUAAUUGUUGGAAUCUCACUUGGCGCUACACAACUUGAAGGAUAUGGAAAUGAAACUUUCUGUUGGCUCUCAUUAGACAAUGGGCUUCUCUGGGCAUUUGUGGGUCCAGCUCUAACUGUUAUAUUGAUCAACUGCAUUAUUGUGGCUGUUGUGCUGAAAACAAUGUUAAGCACGACAGCAAUGAUGACAAAAGACGCAAAAGAGAAAGGAAAGGCAGGAUUGAAAGCAUUGUGCGUUCUUCUCCCGGUGAUGGGCCUAACGUGGGUGUUUGGAGUUUUCUCUGUCAAUGAAAAUGUUGUCAUCUUCCAAUAUCUGUUUGCUGUUUUUAACUCAGUCCAGGGUCUCUUCAUUUUCAUAUUCCACUGUCUGCUUUCAAGACAGGUUCAAGAUGGAAUGAAAAAUCGCAAACGACGUUAUCUAGCACCAUCCCAUGACACCAAGUCAACAUAUUCUCAACAUAAUGUACCCAAUAAACAAAUGAGUGAUGACACAUCUGGAAAUUCAGAUAUGGACAAAAAACUUUCUCCAUUUUUGGAAGUUGACAGACAAGUUCAGCAGAUUGCCCACAAACUAGCUAAGGUUGAGAAGGAGAAUUUCCUCGACAAAGAGGAACAGACUAAAGCUGCAGGUACGCUGGACAAAGUCAAUGUCCCAACUGAUUUACCGGAAGUUAAAGAAACGAACAUGCAAGUUCUGAAACCAGACAUUAGACGGCCUUCACCACAACCAGUGUAUCAACAGCAGCAGACACAGACACAGCAGCAGCUAGGACACAGUGCUGCAAGGCAGCCUCCACUGAGCCAGGAGAAGAGGUUGGGACACAGAUCAUUGCAGCAAGAAGCAAGCAUUGAAGAAAAUAUGUUGCAGCGAUCACCAGUGCCACAGCCAUACAGAAAGACAGUGGAUGGAAAAGAAGAGCUGAAGUAUUCUAGAGGAGCUGCACCACCUCAAAGACCUGUAAACCAUCAAGCAGAUGUUAAACACAUGGAGGGUAUAAUACAUACAAGUCAGAAACGUCGUGAUGACAUUUACAACCCUCUGAAACAAAGCAAAAGAGACAAGCAUGAUUAUCAGGACUUACAGCCACGGCCAGCUGGACAGGGCCACCGAUUGGCUGGGAACUCUGACAACAGCUUACAUGAACAAAAGUACAAGGGUUGUGAUUUGCCUCUCUAUAUUGGACAAGCAGACGACCGCUGGAGAAAAGUGAAACAAGCUGUUGAGAUGAAACAGUUCAGUGAUCACCCUGGACCACUCAGACGGCCAUCUCAACACCAGAGUGAAGACGAUAUUUCCAGAUACGGCUAUUACCAGCCAUUCGGUGUGCCCGAGAGAAGACUACCUAGAACUAGAUUCAGUGACGAUGACAUCAGAUUUGAAGAAUCAUUUACUGAUUACCACUGGUGAUCAUUGCAUGGGUGCACUAACAGGGCCUUAGCUAGCGGGAGGGGGGCAAGGGCAACUGCCCCCCCCCCCCCCCCUGAAAAAAAUCUGGGAAGCAUUAUAGAAAUUUAAAGAAAAUUCUCUUCUUAACUGUUUAAGGAGUUUUAGACUACCGUAUUAACUACCCAGUUGUCUCCCCCCCCAAAAAAAAAAAUUCCUAGCUAUGGCCCUGAAUAACUGUAAGAGUAAAGUGAAGAAAUGGUCUUGUGCACAUUCCUGACAAAGCAUUUCUAAGAAGAAGAUGAGGAUGUCAGAUUUGAAGAACCAUUGAUGAUUGUUGUCAAAUGUGCAGUAAUCUCAACAUUAAAAUACAGAAAUGUCUACAAAUACAUUAAUAACCUCAUCAUCAAAGUGAGGACAGUGUCUCUUAUAUAGAGUUACCAGAUAUAUGGCGGUGUGUGUUGCCUGACAGAAGAAUUUUCAAGAACUAGAUUUAGUGAAUAUGAUCUUCAGAUCUGAAGAGUCAGUUGUGAAUGUUGCUAUGUGUGCAAUAAUCUCAAGAGCAAAAUGAAGAAAAUCUCUAAAUAUAACAAUUACCUCAUCAUCAAAGUGAGGAAAGUAUCUCCAAAUAUAGUAUUUGUGACAUUUAAUGGUGUGUGUAUGCUGGACAUAAUAUUUCCAAGAACUAAAUUUGAAGAACCACAGAGCAAUUCCCAUGGGUGGAGUUCAGAGACAAUAUUUCCAAAUACAGCUAUUACUGGGUACCUGCCAUUUGGUAGUGUGUGAAUGUGUGUGAAUUUAGCAUAAUGUGAAGUUAAUGCUAUUGGGACAUGGACUUAAUGUGUAUGGUUUGCUUACUGAGAUAGAUUUUAAACUAUUUUUAAGGAAUUACUGUUAUGGGCCUGGAAUUAUAUAUUAUCAGGUAAAAUAAUAAGAUGAUAUGUUUGUUACAUAAUUCAAGUAACACAGUCUGCACAAUAUCAAAUCCAAUAUGUCAAACAUUUUUAUGCAUUUUUUCUCUUCUGCUUAAUUAAUACACAGUGCAUAUAUUGUAUAAAAUUUUAUUAUAUUUGUUAACAUGCAUAAAUAUAUAUGAUUUAAUUUGUGUAUAAUAU